GAAUUUGAGGCAUUGCCACAUUCCCGGCCGCCGGUCAUCACCGUACACCUCGUGCCCCAGACUUUCUCCUUUUUAUCCCACCCGUCGCUGUAGCAAUUGACUUAAUUGCUCAGGUAAUCCCGCAUGACCAUCCCCGCUCCAACCCCUUCCCCGAAGGACGCCUCGCCGGAUUCCGACCUGACCGCCGCCAACGAUGGCGCAUCUCGAGAGGGUAGGGCCCCGAAGGGAGACGCGGUCGUCGAGGCCGGGGGAGGAGUAGACAAGAAGGCCGAGGAAGGAGAUCGCCCCAUGGAUGUCGGAGACGCACCCACGCCGGCGCUCGCAACUGUUUUCCGAAUUCGGCUCAAGCAGCCAUCGUCCAGCCUUCGGCAUAAGAAGAACGUCCCUGAUCUCUGCCGCAACUUCAGUGCAGUUGCUUGGUGCGGUAAGUUGAAUGCUAUUGCAUGCGCAUCAGAGACAUGCGCUAGAAUACCAAGUUCAACCACCAAUCCUCCAUUUUGGAUUCCGAUACACAUUGUCAACCCUGAACGACCUACGGAAUGUGCUGUCUUCAAUGUCAAAGCUGAUUCUCCAGGUGAUUCUGUCCGGUUUAUUGAAUGGUCUCCUAGGUCCUGCCGUUGUGCCUUAUUGGUGGGAAAUUUACAGGGAAGGAUCACAAUAUGGACUCAGCCCUGUCAAGGUCGAGUGAAUCUUGUACGGGAUGCUAGUUGCUGGCUUUGUGAAUAUGAAUGGAAACAAGAUCAUGCUGUUGCAACGAAAUGGCUAUCAGGGAUGAAUUUGUAUCGGUCCCUUCCUUCAAAUUCAAACACCUUGGCUACAAUGAUGUCAACCUCUGUGGAGAAGUUUUUAUCUAGACAGUCUCAAGCUUCAGUUAGAUGGCCAGAUUUUCUCUGUGUUUGCUCAGUUUUUUCAUCUGGCGCUGUCCAACUUCAUUGGGAACAGUGGCCAUCUGCACAAAAUGAACCAGCACCAAAAUGGUUAUAUACCAGCAAUGGGCUAUUAGGAGCAGGACCCAGUGGGUUAUUGGCUGCUGAUGUUAUCAUCACAGAAUCAGGAGUCAUGCAUGUGGCUGGAGUUCCCCUUGUAAAUUCUUCUACAGUUGUUGUUUGGGAGGUUAUGCCAGGCCCUGGAAAUGGUUUUCAAUCUUCAGCAAAAUUGACUAUGGGGUCUACUAUUCCAUCAUCUUUGAAUCCCCCUUCUUGGGCAGGUUUUGCACCUUUGGCUGCAUAUUUGUUUAGUGUGCAGGAGUAUUUAAUUUCUCAGGAAAAGCAAGGUAAAAAUUUGGCAGAUAAUGAGAUCCAUGAGGUUGCAUCACUUCAUUGUUCACCUGUUUCAAACUUUUCUGCAUACGUCAGUCCUGAGGCUGCAGCUCAGUCUGCUGCAACUACUACAUGGGGUUCUGGAGUUAAUGCAGUUGCUUUUGAUCCCACCCAAGGGGGGUCUGUCAUCACUGUAGUAAUAGCUGAAGGGCAAUACAUGUCUCCUUAUGAUCCAGAUGAAGGGCCCUCAAUUACAGGGUGGAGAGUCCAAUGUUGGGAAUCUUCUCUCCAACCAGUUCUUCUUCAUCCAAUCUUUGGAAAUCCUACCAGCUCUGGUGGGCAACCACCUGUGCAGACAGUAUGGCUAACUAGAGUAAAUAUGAAUUUUCCACCGAAAGAUGAUUUAGUAAAUCCUCAUGCUUGUUCAUCCAAGCCAACAGUAUCUGAUGAAUUGAACUCCUCAGAUCGUAGUGUUGAUGGAACAAGUAGGCUCAUUUUUGAUCCAUAUGAUGUACCAAUUGAUGUUAGACAACUAGCUCAAAUCGUUUAUUCUGCUCACGGUGGAGAGAUUGCCGUUGCCUUUCAUGGGGGUGGAGUGCACAUAUUUUCUGGUGCAAACUUUGAUCCUGUUGAUAGUUAUCAUAUGAAUGUUGAUUCAACUAUUGCUGCACCUGCCUUCUCAUCUACUAGCUGUUGUCUGGCCUGUGUUUGGCAUGACACAUUCAAGGACAGAACAAUACUUAAGAUUAUUCGUGUUUUACCUCCUGCUAUUGCUAGCCCACAAACAAAAAUCAAUUCAGCUACUUGGGAACGAGCUAUUGCGAAUAGGUUUUGGUGGAGCCUUUUAGUUGGGGUUGAUUGGUGGGAUGCUAUCGGUUGUAGUCAAAGUGCUUCUGAGGAUGGUAUAGUGUCUCUUAAUGGUGUGAUCGCUGUAUUGGAUGCGGACUUCCAUUCUCUUCUAUCUGUUCAACACAGGCAGCAACUUAGUCCUAACCUUGAUAGGAUAAAGUGCAGGCUUUUAGAAGGUACAAAUGCUCAAGAUGUCAGAGCACUUGUACUGGAUAUGCAAGUUAGGUUAUUACUAGACAUGUUGGGUAAGGGAAUUGAGUCAGCCGUUGUGAAUCCUGCAACUUUAUUACCUGAGCCUUGGCAAGUAACUAGUGAGACAUCAUCUAGCAUUGAUGCUGACAAAAUGGUUGUGGAGCAGGAUUUGGUUCCAAGCAUACAGGCAUAUGUUGAUGCCAUCCUUGAUCUCGCCUCAUAUUUCAUUGUGCACUUGCGCCGUUAUGCUAGAUUUUGUCGUUCUUUGUCAAGUCAAACUGUUGGAGCUUCUUCUGGUGCAAAUGGUGCACGGCAUAUGGUGACAAGUCCAACUCACAGUUCUGUGUCUGCAACAAGUGAGGCUAGUGAGCAAUCUCCCUUCAUGCCGAUUAACAUCAAUACGGGGGCUUUUCCUGGAGCACCUGCUGUCAGGCUUUUUGGAGAUUGCCAUUUUCUUCAUCGGCUUUGCCAAUUGUUGCUCUUUUGUUUGAUCUUCUGGCAAAGACAGUUGCGACAUUCUAUUGGAAAUAUUCAGAAGAAUCCAGCCUCUAGCCUCCAGAAAGUUCAAACUAUUUCCAAUAGAAAAGUUGAAGAAAACAGUGCAGUUAGCAGAUCAACUAUGGGUGUUGCAAAAACUGAUGAAGUCCAGGCAUAUAGGUCUGGAGAGACGUUGAUUGGACCCAAAAGGGUUGAAGCUUCUACGAGCAAGUCUAUUAGAUAUGGUUCUGGCAAUGCAGGACAAGGAUACACAUUAGAAGAGGUUAAGGCUCUCUUCCUCAUUCUAGUAGAUCUUUGUCGAAAGACAGCUACUCUGCAGCACCCUUUGCCUGCUUCUCAGGUUGGUUCCGGCAAUAUAAUAAUACAGUUGCACUAUAUUGACGGCAGCUACACUGUGCUACCUGAAGUUGUGGAAGCAUCACUUAGUUCGCACAUGCAGAAUAUGCCUCGUCCUAGAGGAACUGAUCCUGCUGGACUUCUACUACGUGAACUAGAGUUGCAUCCCCCAUCCGAAGACUGGCACAAACGAAAUAUGUUUGGUUGUCCUUGGUCAGAUCCAGACGAUCUCGGUCCUUUGGAUAACAAAGACAAGUCUAACCUGAGUGAAUCUUUGAUUUCUUCUACACCUAAUUUGGUAGAACGCUACAAUGACUACUCUGGAGCUCAACUCCUCUGGCCAAGGAAGCGUAGAUUCUCUGAGAGGGAUGCAGCAUUUGGAUUGAAGACUUCGUUGGGUUUAGGACCCUAUCUUGGCAUUAUGGGAUCUCGCAGGGAUGUCAUUGCAUCCGUUUGGAGAACUGGUGCCGAAGGAGUCUGGUACAAGUGUAUUAGAUGCUUACGCCAGACUUGCGCAUUUGCACAACCCCACAAUUCUAAUCCUCCGAAUGAACGUGAAGCAUGGUGGAUCGGUCGGUGGGUUCAAGGCUGCCCGAUGUGCGGUGGCGCAUGGGUUCGAGUAGUCUAGUCAAGUAACUUAUUCUUCGGAGGGAGUUUUUCUAGUUGCGAGGUAAGUAGAGUUAUCCAGCUUAGAGUUUAGAUCAGCUUAGAGUCUAGAAAGCGAAUAGAAGAUAUUCCAAGUAUCACGAUCGAUACAAAAGUUAUUCUAGUAUAGAAUAAGCUAUUUUUUUCAAGAUAUGAUCUGCUUAUGUAUAGUUUGUGAGUACUGAAACAAAAAUUCUUACUGAGCAAUAUCUACUGUCUAUGUAACCCCUACAAGAUGUAACAGAAAUGAAAUUAAUAUGCAUGAAUUAUUUAUUGAACCUA